GAACUAAUUAUUAAUAAUUUUAAUUUUACAAAUAAUUACAAAAGCAAAUAAGUAAAAUAAAUAUUCGUAGUUGGCUGCGUAAUCGAUAUAAGAAUUUCGAAUAAUUUAGAAACUCGAGCGCAAACUCUCGAAUAAAUCAGAAAAACCACUUUCGGUCGGAUAUUACUGAGUGAUAAGGAAUUCCCAUUCCGGACAUCCCUGGUCCGCCAUUGCUACUUUUUCAAUCGUCAAGUAUAGUAUUUCACAAGGGGAGCGAUUAUAAUAAUCAAAUAUUUACAAAAAAAAUUCGCGAUCGAUUCUCCUCUAUUCCACCAGAAUCGUCAUGAUAAUAUGAAGAUCGCUUAUUUUCUAAAUUCGAGUGCUAAAACGAGUGAAGUGAAUCGUUUCUUAUUUUGACUUUUUUUGUAACUGUUGUGCAGUGUCUCCUUUGUUUUGUUAAUUUUUGUGAUAAAACUAAUUGAAAUAUUACCAUUAUGGAAGCAAUAGCGAAACACGAAUUCAACGCCACCGCCGAUGAUGAGCUUAGUUUUAGAAAAGGUCAAGUUUUAAAAAUUUUAAAUAUGGAAGAUGAUAUGAAUUGGUAUAGGGCCGAACUGGACGGCAGAGAAGGCCUCAUUCCUAGUAACUAUAUCGAAAUGAAGCCCCACGAGUGGUACUACGGAAGAAUAACUAGAGCAGACGCUGAAAAGUUGCUGUUAAACAAGCAUGAAGGGGCCUUUUUAAUUCGAAUAAGCGAAUCGAGUCCGGGGGAUUUUUCAUUAUCCGUAAAGUGUUCCGACGGCGUCCAACAUUUCAAAGUCCUCCGCGAUGCGACCGGCAAAUUCUUCCUUUGGGUAGUAAAAUUCAAUUCUCUAAACGAAUUAGUCGAGUACCACAGAACGUCCUCGGUGUCGCGUUCGCAAGACGUCAAAUUGAGGGAUAUGGUGGCAGAAGAGUAUUUGGUGCAAGCCCUGUACGAUUUCACUCCGCAAGAGGUGGGCGAGCUCGAAUUCAAAAGGGGCGAUGUGAUCACGGUGACGGAUCGCACGGACCAGCAUUGGUGGCACGGGGAAAUCGGCCAUCGCAAAGGACUCUUCCCCGCUACAUAUGUGACGCCUUAUCAUUCGUAAAUUCGUUUUUAAUCGAGAGAUUGUCCGAGGAUGGGAACGUGCACACGAAGGUUUUAUUUUCCAACAAAUUUAAAGGCAUUAUUUUUUUAAUCGAGAGUUACCUAAAUUGAAUACUAUGAAAAUUUAUUUUAUCGGUUUGUUGUCAAGGAAUCCGCGUUUAAUAGUGGAUAAAUAGCUCAAAUUCGCAUUUAUAUCGAUUUUAUUUGGCUCAAAUCUUCUGCGUAUAAAAAUAGUCGUUUCAAAAAAAAUCUAUAGUAUUAAAAGGAGUCUUUUUAAUUUCGUAUUAGUGAAAUUACUGGAAUACCCUCUCAUAAUUAAGUAAAUCUGUUUAGGCUAUCUACUUCUAAUCGUCUGAUAUUGUGUAAAAUAUAUUAAAAGAAAAAAAAAUGUUAGAUUCUAUCCUCCUGUCGCUAACUGAUAUCUCUGGUGGUUAGGGAGACGUUUACCAAUUUUUGAGGCACACUGUAGUUAAAAAAACAAAUCGAGAUUCAAAUAUUUGCUGAAGGGUGAAUGUAUCAAAGAGCUUAUUUUUUUAGAUUACAUUAAUUAUACAAUUUGAUAUGACGUUUAUAUCCUAAAAGAAGAAAAAUUGGCGAAAUUCGUUUGUAUUUGUUUAUUGUGAUGCUUAAUGUUUAGCGCUACGUGUUUAAUUUUUUAUUAUGAAAGCAUUGAAAAGCUGUGAAAAUUUUUAAAUGGGUUUUAAUUAGUACGUGGGAAGUUACUUUGUUUCGCAUUAUUUUUUUAAAUGAAUCGUUCAUGUAAUUCCGAUUUAGUUAGUUUUAAAAAAUUUAUACUUUUAUCAAGGUUCUCUUAUAAUCUAUUUUAGAUGUUUAAACAUCUGUUUCGAUCAUUACAAUGUAUUUUUAUUAAAUUUUCUCAAUGGAAUUAAUCAUUACAAAGUAACUAUAUUAUAAAAUGUUCGAGUAGAACCCCAUACUUUGAUAACGAUUUCAUUUUUUCAUAAUAAUAAGGUCUGUUUGGGGAAAGUUGGUUUGAUAUUGGAAUUCAUAUUUUAUCAAGAUUUGUAACAAUUAAAUGGUGUUAAACAACUUUGAUUUACAAACCCUUUAUGAUUAUUUGUAACAGGAGACAAUUUUUUACUUACAUUAUGUCUAUUUUUAAAUUAACUAGUUUUAGUAUUAACUUUUAUGUUAUAUACUUUAAUGAAAAAUCGUUAUUUUCGUUUAAUUUUUAGCCAAUAUAAUUAAUUCCUACGAUUAUUAGUUAGUAGGCGAAACCCAUAUUUUUUUCAUACAUACCGUUAAGUGUCUACUUUUCUUUUUUAAUGAAAUCGUUUUUGAAAAUCACGGAGACGCACAAUGACUGAGAAUUAAACGAAUUAUUAAAGCGUUACAAAUAAGUUUUUUGUAAAUUGUUUUGCUGUAGUAACAAGAAAAAAAUGAUCCAACGAAGAAAUUUAAUGUAGCUUUAAAAGAAGAUAUACUCUAUAAGCAAAACACCAAUUUUAUUUAGGAUGGAAUAUGGUGAGAAAAUGACAGAAGCUGUGUUGUAGUUUUUACUUUAUUAUCCCAUAUUUUGAUCUGAUGAUAGCCAAGAUGCCAUUUAUUUAUACAAUGUUGAUCAUACAAUCAUUAGUAUGCCUUACAUCAAUGACAUACUUUUUCUAAUUACAAAACUAUUAUAUUCUAUUCCGGUUUUAUGAUAAGCAUUGUAUAUUUCUUUAUAUUGUUUAUUGUAGUUUAUAUAUUGAUAUUUUAUUCUAAUUCCGCAUUUUUGUGUAAAUAUGAACCAAUAGUUUUUGCCAAUUUUUAAAUUCGCAUUUUAUUAGAUAAUUCACUUAUAAUUUGGCAUUAACUAAUUUUUUUGUCGGUUUUUAUGUAAAUACUAACUUUAGGUUAUCAAUAUAAGU